ACAAGCUGUCACCUCUCUCUCUCUCUCUCUCUCUUCUUCGCCAAAUCCCAAACCCCAUUUCAAUGAUCCCCCUCCCUCCAACAAUGUUCCCACACCCUUAAAAAACCACAAAAACCAAAAAAAAAAAAAAAAAAACACCAAACCAUGUUUUCCUUCCCUCACACCAUCAUCCUCAUCCUUGUCUUUCCAAUCAUUGUUUCUUGCUCCUGGGCCUCGUCGUUGGGCCUGAGUAGCAAUGCGACGACCAUCUACGAGGUCCUGAGCGAGCACGGGCUGCCCAUGGGCCUGUUCCCCCAGGGCGUGCGGGAGUUCGCGGUGGGCGAGGAUGGUAGCUUCUGGGUGCGCCUCGACGAGGCCUGCAACGCCAAGUUCGAGAACGAGCUGCAUUACGAGCGCAACGUCUCCGGCCACCUCAGCUACGGCAUGAUCGACGCCCUCUCCGGCCUCGAGGCCCAGGAUCUCUUCCUCUGGUUCCAGGUCAUGAGUAUCCGCGUCGACGUCCCCAGCACCGGCCUCAUCUACUUCGACGUCGGCGCCGCCUCCAAGCGCUUCCCCUUGUCCCUCUUCGAAACCCCGCCCGAAUGCGUCGCCGUUCGCUCCCAACAACAGGACGCCCCUUCCCACCACCAGGGUCAGGUUCAAUCUGGAAGGCUUCGGUAUAAGCUCAAACAGGGAACCUCUGGAAGAGAUGUUCUAUAGAGUAUGGACCGUGCAGAAGAAGGUGAAUGGAGCUUUUCUGUAGCACGAUCAUCGUGGAUUCUCCAAUCAGAUUGUAUGCCUACGGAGAGUAUAAAUUAAUAGGUCCAUUGUUUGGACCUGUUGUGUUGUGUGUUAUCUUCCCAUAUAGUGCGUAGUUAGUGUUGUAGAAGCAACCUGUGUCUUGGUAAUUUAUUGAUUCAUAGAUACUUAUAAAAAGGGAAGCAACUGAGAUGAAUUUCCUGAAUCCGUUUCUCAUUGAGAAGAUGGUGGUAAUGUAGCAUUUUGUUGAGAUGGGUUCAGGUGAAAAGUCUGCAAAGAUUUUGUUGUGUGUCAAAUGUUAUUUGUAUUAUAAAAAUAUAUUGGGGGUGUUUAGUUGAAUCAAAUUUAUUAUAUUAAUUCAAAAUAGAUAGAAUGAUAUACACUUUUGAUUUGGAAA